AUGAAUGAAACAAAAAUUAAUGAAUAUUUAUAAAAAAAUAGAAAGGAGAAAGAAUGGUUGAAUAGAAAAUAAUUAAAAUAUUUAAGAGACACUGCAGUUACGAGCGAUGAUUCAGGAGAUGAGUUGGAGAAGAAAAAGGAAUUCAAAAUUUUGUUAAAAUAAAAAAGAAAAUUUUAAUGGGAAUAAAGAAGUUUAAAUUUUAUGAGUUCAAAGCAUACUAGAUUAUAUUAGAAAACAUGUGCGAUCAAAUUUCAGCACUAUCUAAUUUUAUUCAAUUCUUAGUUAAGAAAGUUAAAAAAGCAUUUAGCACCUUAACCUCCUUAUACAAUGACUCCUGAUGGAUCGAUAAAAUUAAUUUGGGAUUUAAUUUGCCUAGGAUUCGUUAUUUACGAAAUGAUUAGUAUUCCCUUUUAAAUUAGUUUCGAAAUAGAAAUCAGUAAUGAAAUUUCAAAUUUAUCAUUGGGAGUGUUUGCUUUUGAUAUACUAUUGAAUUUUAAUACUGGAGUUUACAUAGAUGGUUCUCUUUAAAUGAAUAGAAGAUAAAUAUUUAAAAAUUAUUUAUCAUUUUGGUUCUGGAUUGAUUUGGUCUCAACAUUCCCUUAUGAAAUUAUUAUUGAUGAGUCAUAAUAACUUAUUUAGAGUGCUAAAUUAUUAAGACUAUUUAAAUUUUUGAAAUUCGUUAGAGUUUUAAAAUUACUAAGAUUAGCAAAACUCAAAAAAAUAAUUGAUAAAAUUGAUGAAUAUAUAUAAACAUCUCGAAUUGUUGGGGUGAUCAUAACUUUUAUAAAAUUGUUUGUAUUUGUACUAUUUUUUGCUCAUGUUCUAGGAUGCAUAUUUCAUUAUACUGCUCUUUAAGAAGAACAUUCUUGGUUGGGAGAUUAAGAAGAAAGCGAUUGGUAGACUAGAUAUAUUUUUUCUCUUUAUUGGGGUGUUGCAACAAUGACUACAGUCGGAUAUGGAGAUAUAAGUCCAUUAACUGCUCCUGAAAGAUUGUUAGGCAUCUUUUUAUUAUUAGUGGCUUGUGGAGGAUUUGCAUUUACUAUGAAUUCAAUUGGAUUUGCAUUAUCUUCUCUCGAAGAAAAAUCAAAUGUUAGAAAAUAAAAGGUGAGUCUCUUGAAUAAAUACAUGAAAAAAGCGUAAAUUCCAGAUCUUCUUUAAAAUAAGGUUAGGAAAUACUUAGAGUUUGUUUGGGAUAGUCACUAAAUUCUAUUAAAAGAUAUAACAAAAUUGUUAUCCGAUGAGUUAGCAAGUGACAUUUAAGAAUUAGUAAAUGGAAAACUAUUUGGACAUGCAGAUAUCCUAUGGAGUUUGCAUACAAAGAGAUUUCUCAUAUAAGGUAUUGUUCCAAUUUUGGAGGAUAAGUUAUUCUUUCCAGAUGAAAUAAUAUUUCUUGAAGCUCCUGCAAUCAGUUAUGACUUAUAUUUAAUAUAAAAAGGAGAGGUGGAUAUAUAUUUCAUGAAAACAAACAUCGUAAUUGAUAAUAAGAUAAAGAAUGAUUAUUUUGGAGAAAUCAGCUUUUUUUCUAAUCAAAUGAGAUCAGCCAGUGCAAUAAGUAGAAACUUUUCUCAUAUUUUUGUACUAAAUUAAUAGAAAUUCUUAGAAAUUGCCAAAAUUUACCCAAGAGAUCUGCAAUAGUAUUUUAAAGUAAGGGAUGCAAUAAUCUUUGAAUCAGAUUAUAGUUAUUUACAAAUUAGAUGCUAUGUCUGCUAAAUGGAUGAUCAUUUGGCUAAAGAAUGUCCAGUAUUACAUUUUUAAGUUAAUGCCUCUCAUUUUCUUUCUUUUUUGCAUCAAUAUCGUAAGAUUGAAUAAACUGUGUAUAUUAGAAAAGAUAGACAGGAUUUUAAUGCAAGAUCUUCAGCAUAUUAAAUAUAAUAAACUUAGAAGCGUUUUCUUUAAAUUAAUAAUAAAAGAAUAUCAUUUCUCAAUUCUAAAGGAAUAGUUGAUACAAUCUUUACAAAUUACUAUAAUAUUGAAGAGGAUAACAAUUCUGUUGAUGACGAUACUCCUUCAAGAAUAAUAACAUCUUUACAAGUCUCUAUUUUUAAUAAUAAAAAUAAAAAAAAGUUUGAUUAAUUGAAAUUUGAUUAUGAAGAGGCUUCAAAUUAUUCUAAAAGUAAAGUUGGUUUAUUAACUUAAAGAAUUAUGAUAGAAGAAUAAUACAUUGAUUAAAUAGCUUCUGAUCGCUUUAAUGAUUUUUUGGAUUAAAUUAAUACAUUGAAAUACAAAAAAUAAAAAUACUCACAUAUUCAUUUUUCAGAAAUAUCAAAUUUUGAUAAAGUUUCAAGCUAUUAGAAUUUUUGUUAAAGAGAUAAUGUUGAGUUUGUUUUAGAAAGAUAUCAUAAAAUAUAAAAAAAAGGAUCCAUAUCAUAGAUUCCACCAAAAUAUAGUUCAUUUGGCGUUGAAGAAUUUUAAUCAUAUUUAUAAUAUUAUUGUUUUCAUUUGAAAUAAGAGGACCUAAAAAGGUACUUUACUAAAUCUCAAUUACAAAAGAAGGAUACUAUGUUUGAAUUUGAAAAUACAAGAGUCUUCCAAUUAACAAGAAUAGAAAAGAAAAGAAAUAAAUUCAUUACUAAAAAUUCAAAAUUUAGAAGUGUUGUAACAAAAAUUCUAAGUAUAAAUUCAUUAAAAAGCAACUCUCGUAUUAGUUUUUGA